AUGUAUCACGCGGUAACGAAACAUAAGGAGCCUUGUGUAAUGAAAAUUGUGUGUGCGGGUCCCGAAGAGAAGGUUGUUGGUGUUCACAUUCUCGGUGGUGGUGCAGAUGAAAUGCUGCAAGGGUUCGCCGUUGCGGUGAAUAUGGGUGCUACGAAGGCCCAGUUCGACGACUGUGUAGCCAUUCAUCCGACAAGUGCCGAAGAGCUGGUCACUAUGCGAGGAGGCGAGCGACCAAAAUAG